UGCCGGGGGGCGCGCCGUGCCCGCCCCCCCCAAUGCUCAGCUCAGUGUGCGUCUCCUCCUUCCGCGGGCGCAAGCCGGGCAGCCAGGCGCCAGCCAAGUCAUGCGCCAGGGGGGACAUGGGCCGGCACGAGGAAAGCGAGAAGAUCGUGAUUAACGUAGGGGGGGUGCGGCACGAGACCUACCGCAGCACCCUGCAGACCCUGCCUGGCACCCGCCUGGCCUGGCUCACCGAGCCCGACGCCUGCAGCAACUUCGACUACGACCCAGCCGCCGACGAGUUCUUCUUCGACCGCCACCCGCAGGUCUUCGCCUACGUCCUCAACUACUAUCGUACCGGGAAGCUGCACUGCCCGGCCGACGUCUGUGGCCCGCUUUUCGAGGAGGAGCUGGCCUUCUGGGGCAUCGACGAGACUGACGUGGAGGCCUGCUGCUGGAUGAACUACCGGCAGCACCGGGACGCCGAGGAGGCGCUCGACAGCUUUGAGGCCCCCGAGGCCCAGGACGAGGAGGAUGCCGCCGGCGACCUCAAGCGGCUCUGCCUGCAGGAGGAUGGGCGCCAGGCCAGCUGGUGGCGCCGCUGGCAGCCCAAGCUCUGGGCGCUCUUUGAGGACCCGUACUCCUCCAAGAUGGCCAGGNNNGUGGCCUUCGCCUCCCUCUUCUUCAUCCUCCUCUCCAUCACCACCUUCUGCCUGGAGACCCACGAGGCCUUCAACCACAUCAUCAACAAGACGGAGACGGUGGCGGUGGCCAACGGGACGGCCACCCAGGUGGCGGUGGAGGUGGAGACGGAGCCGUUCCUCACCUACGUGGAGGGGGCCUGCGUGAUCUGGUUCACCUUCGAGUUCCUCAUGCGCGUCUGCUUCUGCCCGGACAAGCUGGAGUUCGUCAAGAGCAGCCUCAACAUCAUCGAUUUCGUGGCCAUCCUGCCAUUCUACCUGGAGGUGGGUUUGCGGGGCCUCUCCUCCAAGGCAGCCAAGGAUGUGCUGGGCUUCCUUCGGGUGGUGCGUUUCGUGCGGAUCCUGCGGAUCUUCAAGCUGACCCGGCACUUCGUGGGGCUGCGGGUGCUGGGCCACACGCUCCGGGCCAGCACCAACGAGUUCUUGCUUCUCAUCAUCUUCCUGGCCUUGGGCGUCCUGAUCUUCGCCACCAUGAUCUACUACGCGGAGCGCAUCGGGGCCGACCCAAACGACAUCACGGGCAGCAACCACACCAACUUCAAGAACAUCCCCAUUGGGUUCUGGUGGGCCGUGGUGACCAUGACCACGCUGGGCUAUGGGGACAUGUACCCCAAGACAUGGUCGGGCAUGCUGGUGGGGGCGCUGUGCGCCCUGGCCGGGGUGCUGACCAUCGCCAUGCCCGUGCCCGUCAUCGUCAACAACUUCGGCAUGUACUACUCGCUGGCGAUGGCCAAGCAGAAACUGCCCAAGAAGAAGAACAAGCACAUCCCCCGGGCGCCCCAGCCCGGCUCUCCUAACUAUUGCAAGCCAGAGGGAGCCCCUGGCCCCCGGCCCGGCCCCACCACCGCGGACGCCUGCCCCCUGGCCCAGGAGGAGAUCAUCGAGAUCAACCGGGCAGCCCGGAGCGACUCUCCGCCAGCGUAA